GAUAAACUCGAUCAAUAUGAAAUUCUUCGUCUUCACCCUCCUCGUCGCCGUGGCCUGUGCCGACCGGCUGUACGAUGCCCCAGCGGCUCGUGCUGCCUCCGACGAGAUCGUCAUCUUGAGGGACGAUCGCGUGAUCGAGGACGACGGAAGGUACAACUUCGACAUGGAGACUGCCAACGGAAUCGUUAUGUCUGAGUCUGGCUCUCCUACAGGAGACGAGGGAGCCAUCAACAGUGCCGGAUCCUUCUCGUACACCGCUCCUGACGGCACUAAGGUCCACCUUCAGUACGUAGCUGACGAGGGCGGUUUCCAGCCUCAGGGCGCCCAUCUGCCUGUAGCUCCCGAGUUCCCCCACCCGAUCCCUCAGUUCGUCCUCGACCAAAUCGCCUUCGCCGCUGAGGAGGACGCUCGCAAUGCCCGUGGAGAGGUCUCCCGCUCCUAUGGUGCUCCUCUUGAUGACUAAAUUUGUUUAACGGAUACAUCCUUCGAUAUUCGAUUUUUAUCAAUUCACUAUGCAUUUUCAUGUGACAGAUUAUAUCAUCUGUUGUCAUAGUUUAGUUUUUAAUUUAUCGUCGUACAAAUACAUGUGACUUCAUCUUUA